AUGGCCGCUUCCUACACAGAUACGAAGGACUACUACCUGGAGGAGGACCUCAAGGACUACGUCUUUUCUGAUGCCUCUAAACGCAUGCUUGUCGCCGAAGACUCUAACACAGGCAACGAGGUCUGGAUGGCUGUUCACAUCAACAAGAUGCCAACAAAGCAUAAGUUCAAAUUGAAGCCAUCCUAUUACAACUCUCCGAACAAGGACAAGCAGCCCAACGUAGUCGAGGCAAAGGAAAUCAACAAGGACCAUUUGUUCGACGGACUGCCGAGAAACAAAUGGAUCAACAAACCGCAGUUCAAGAGCAUCAAGAGCAUUAAGAGCACCAAGAGCAUUAAGAGCACCAAGAGCAUUAAGAGCACCAAGAGCAUCAAGCACACCGAGGGCAAAACCGUCAACGAGCAACAGCCCAACGUCAAGACCAUCGACCUGCAAGGGACGUUCUUCGCCUUCGAAAAGAACUUGUCCGCAGGCGAGUACAAGCUCAUCGGAGCCGAGAUGGCCAACACACUCAGCCUCAAGACCGCACCUCCAACACGUGUGCUCUCAGAGAUGAGGGACUUUGCGAGACUCACCGGAUACAGUGUUUGCUAUGCGCCUUCCUGGGGUCAGUGGUUGGAGGAUACGCGACAAGAGCUUCCCGAGCCAGCUGCUGUUGAUGCCAAGGCAACGAACAAGGAAGAAGAUGAGGCAAGGGAGCCCAUGGAUCUAGUGUCCAUUGCCGAUUCCUUUGCCGAUAUCCCGAGCGGCUUUCGACUAAGGCUCCUGGACCCCAUGCCCGCUGACAUGAUCGCGGGCAUCGAAAAGGUGACAGCAUAUUUUGAGAUGAGAGCGAAAGAACUUGCAGCCGGUGCUUGA